AUGUCGCUCGAUGUGCGGAGACGUCAAGUGCUAGCUAAUAGCGUAGAAGAAAGAGUAGAAGUCAAUCAGAGACACUUGAUUGACAAGAUCCUUGCCAGAUAUUCUACAAAAUUCGUAGUAUUCAGAGAACUGAUGCAAAAUGCAGAUGAUGCAAGGUCAUCAAAGAUAGAAAUAGUUUUUGAAACAGGGGCAGAGAGUAAAGGCUUGAGUGGAAAAAAAUGCACCAGAAUAUUGUUCAAAAACAAUGGAUUUGUAUUCAGACCAGAUGACUGGAAUCGUUUGAAGAAAAUAGCCGAGGGAAACCCCGAUGAGCAAAAGAUUGGCGCAUUUGGUGUUGGAUUUUACUCGUUAUUUUCAGUAUGCGAGGAACCAUUUGUCUCUUCUGGUGACCAGGGCAUGGCAUUCUAUUGGCGUGGUUGUCAACUGUUCGCCAAGUUGGGACCAAUUGAUUCUGAUAAUGAACAGUGGACAACUUUCUUGAUGGAUGUCAAGGAACCCAUGGACAUACCAACAACUAACGAGUUUGGAAGAUUCCUGGCAACAUCCAUGGGCUUCACCGGAAACCUUCAUGAGAUAUGCGUAUAUAUAGACGACACAAUAAUCCUAAGCCUUUCUAAGAAAGAAAUGGAUUCACGGGUGAUGCAAAUAACCAAGGAUUUGAACGCAUACUCACCACGUAGGAUAUUCCAUCUCAAAGCAAUUGAUUUACAACGCGUAGAAAUGAAAGUCGAACGUUUUGUCACAGCACCAAAUGCAAAUACAAGGAAUGCAAGUAUCUCCCUCUACGUAGCAACUGGCCAUCUAGAUGUAUCCGUGACGGAAGUGUUCUCAGCAGAGAUGGAACGCAGUACUAAAAAGAAACCACCAAGCAAGACAACUAUUCAAAUGCUGUUUCCAGAGUUUGAUGAAAAUACCUUUUCUGCGGUUGAAAAGAAGGAAAAGGAUGGGUCUGAGAUGUUCAAAGGUUUGUCAACGUAUCCGAAACAAGGAAGAAUAUUUAUUGGUUUUCCGACGCAUCAAACGACAGGAUAUGUAUCCCACUUGGCGGGAAGGUUUAUUCCUACAGUUGAGCGCGAAUCGAUAGACCUGGUGAAUAAAACGCUGGCCGAGUACAAUGAGGAUUUAUUAUCGAUAGCGGGUGUGCUCACUCGCAUAUUAUACGAAGAUGAAAUGAACCAAGUAUCCCACCUCUAUGACAACAGAAUUAGAUACAGCCUCGACGUGGAUGAAAAAGAAUUACAGGCGGCACGCGAAUCAGUCUACAAAAGAGGCACAUACUCUCUUACUUACUUUACAUUUCGUUCAAGCACGCCCAAUGAUCGUGUGAGCACAAUAAUGGAAAAGACGUUUUUCUCGUGCUCUAAAAAACCUCUUCCUGUUAUUUCCACCCUCGGUGUCCUCCCUAUUAAUUUGAUUAGAUUGCCCAACCAGAACAUGGAAGGAUUCAUCAAGACGAUCCCUAUUGUUCCGAAGAGUGUACUGAAUAGCUGUGAAAAAUUUUUCGACAAGGCUAAAGAACGGGCAAUGAUCAUAGACGUCACGCUGGAUGAUGUGUUGAAUACAGAGUUGCAGGAUCGAACGUUGACCGAAACAGAGAUGACGGCUUUGAUGCAAUGGUGGAUUGACUAUUUUCCGAAUAAUAUAGUAUCGGACGCGGAAAAGUCUCGGUUUUUGCUUCGGGCUGUGAUUGUUGUUAACGGUAAUAAAAUGCCGUUGGCCAAAUUUAAAUAUUUUUUGAAUCCCAAAUUAAUUCCGCCCGACCAAGAUUUCCCUAUUGAGAUGUUGCCGUAUGCUAUUACGAAAACAUUUACUAAGAAGAAUGGACUCGAAUUAUACUUUAGCAACUACAAAGAGCUUUCGCUUCCCGGUUGGGUGGAUUUCCUCAUCAAAACACCAACAAUUCUUCAAAAACUCGAAUCCGAUAAAGUCUUUGCUGAAAAAUUUCUUGCUAUCCUCAACCGCGCCUUCACAAAUCUCUCCGCAGCGAACAAAAAGAUUCUCCAUUCGUUGUUAAACCAAAAGAAAAUAAUUCCUACUAAACACGGAAUGUACGUACCUGAUAAGGCCUACUUGUCUUCGUUGACCCUCCUUCCUGAUCUACCGACGGUUCAGUUAGAAAAUUCUCGAGCUGCUUCCGAUAAAUUUCUCAUUUUCCUUGGCGUUCGCGAGCAUGUUGACGUACAAUUAAUAUCGGAUCGAUUACUUUCCCGAGGAGAUUGGGAUUACGUGAAGCUUGUAGAAUAUUUUACGAAGAGAGCUAAUGAUCUGCAUGUACCUGCGACGGAACUGAGAGAGCUUGGAUUACCAAUUAUAAAAUGGAAGAGAUGGAGUGCUAAUUCAGCUGAAGCAAAAUUCCUAAUAGAUAUCGGUCUCCGCACACAUCCAACCCUAAGCAGAAUUCUCACCCUGGCCGCGCCUCCAAACACGCCAGAACUCAGACGCAAGGCUAUCGGAUACUUUCUUAAGAAAUUUGACCCCCACUAUAGAAACGACUACAAAGACACUAUUGAUAUAUCAUUUCUUCAGUGUGCUGAUUCAUCGACCUAUGCCAAACCUCUCGACUGUUUUGCCAACUCUGCGUGUAAUAUCAUGGGCUUUAACAUUUUGCACAAGAGCUUACUGAAUUACGCUAAUAUGUUGUGUGUCAAGACGGAUCCGCCAAAGUUGAAGCUUAUUGAAAGAUUGACCGAUAAACCGCCUAAGAAUAAAAACGAGGCGAAGAAGAUGUUUGAAUAUCUUGCAACACAAACGGGAUCGUUCGAAGAUCCAGAUUGGGAGAAAUUGGGAGAUGCAAAUUUUGUUCCUAUUGAGGACAAGAAGACUAUUAUACAUACUUGCCCGAAUAGAUGUUUAUUUGCGCGUAAACAAAGUAAUGAUGAAAGCUAUAAAGACUUCUUUUAUUAUGUUGACUUUGGUGAAAAAGCAAAUAACUUUCUCAAAUUAUGUGGCGUAAAAUAUUCGCCUACGCCAGAAGAGCUUGCUCGAAUGCUUGUUCGUUCUUCGAUUAAGAUCUGGAAGACGAUGGGCGAUAAAUAUAUGGAUAUUCUCCGGGUUGUCGCUAUAAACAUUAGAACAAUACGUCAAAAUAAAGAACUGGUUUCCGAAAUGAAACGUGCGCGCAUGUUCGUGGGAGUUGGAAUAGAACCAUCUGAUGAUGGUGAAGAGCAUGUCACGCGUCAUGUCUUAGCAAGGGCGCAAGAGAUUUUUCUGAAUGAUGAUCAUCACUUGUGGAGAAUGUUUGGUGUUUUCACAUGUCCGGAAGACAGAUUGCUUGAAAACCUUUAUCAGUUAGUUGGCAGUGUAUGGCUUCACGAGAAUGUACGAGUCAGAUAUAAUGUGAAAGGCAUAAAACAAUCCUCAGCAAAAUCCAUAGAACUCGAAUCCACAAUAAAACGACGUGCGCCUCUUUUUUACCAUAAUUAUGCGCCUCAUGGGAUCCGUUACGAUGCCGAUUGGAUACAGAAACACCUCAAUGUCAGAGAGGUCAGAAAGAUCGAAAAAAGUUAUGUGCUAAUCCCAACAAAGCAAACCAAAAUUGAAGAAACUACAUGUUUUUUCAAUUAUAUGGAAGCGAAUCGUACUUUAUGCAUUGUUGGAAAUAAGGUUUCUUAUCUGGACAUCGCCUAUAAUUUAUGUGAAGCUAUUUAUAGAAAGUUCGGGAUGAACGAUCCAUUGAUUAUGUACUCAGUAUUGACUUUACCGCCAGAUAGUCUCAGAAGACAAGGUUAUCCAGUGGAUAGGAUCCUGAAAAAACAAGGGAAAGUUAUCAUCGACACGUCGGACACGAAUCUACAAAGCCUGAUAACUAUGCCAAAGUAUACAAACGAUUUAAUAUUAGAGAGGGACUUGCGUAAUGCCGUGCUAUCUUGCAAGCCUAAUACGCAAAAUCAGUUGAUACUCGAAGCUUUUGUAGACGACAAACCUAGUAAGUGUACACUUAAGAUUGGUAUAUUGAAGCGUCGUUCACUUCUGUUAACUAUUCGCUUGUUAGGUUAUUCUGUAUGCCACGCCUUAAACCAUCCCUUAAAAUAUAUAUGUCAAGUUAGCGGGAUAAGAAUCUAUGCAAUAGACGACAUUAAAAAAGACAGGGAAGAUCUCAGCAAAUUUAUCGAACUCCUCAAAGAGCUCUGUGGUUUAUUCAAAUUAUCACAAGAUGUAGUACAUGUUUACUAUGAUACAGAUGGGACGACAGCUGCGUUUAAUCUUAAUGCGUCAUUAUUCUUUAAUCUAUAUAUUUAUGAGACAUUACAUGUUGAGACGUCGAGCCUUGAGGCGAUGACGUAUUGGUUCCUUACUUUUUGUCACGAACUAGCGCACAAUUUUGUGAAGUCACAUAAUGAGACUCACGAGUUUUAUCUCUCAUCAUUCGCCAGGACUCAUAUACCACCUUUGAUUGCGAAAUUGCAACAGCGUGGAUUAAUAGCCAGUUAA